AUGUCCAUGCAGAAAGCGUCCAACAUCUCGACCACAGCGCCGCCCGUGAGAGCGGUCGUUGACCUGAUCGACUACGAGACGUCACGUGUCGCCUUCCUGCUGGUGGUGCCCCUGGGGUUCGUAGUCCAGCUCCUGGGCGCCGUCACCAACGGCAUCAAUGUCGUCGUCUUCUUCAAGGUCGGUCUCAAGGACGUCGUGUCCGUGUCGUUCUUCGCCUUGUCCCUCUCCGACCUCUUCUUCACCAUCAUCAGCUCCAUCCUCACCGAGGGCAACAUCAUCCUCUACAUCAUCUACUACAGGACGCUGUGGUCGCGUGACGUCAAGCUGUUGGGGGAUUUCGUCAUCUGGUACAGCGUCAUCUUCAAGGACAGCACGCUCCUCUUCACCACCUACAUCGCCAUCGCCCGCUGCUGUUUGGUGACCUUCCCCUUGCAGUUUAAAACGACCUUCACCCUUCGUCGUACGUACUACGCUUUGUCCGGGAUCUUCAUAGGAAAUCUAUUCCUUCACCUCCCGAUUCUCUUCACCCAAGGGUUAAUGUGGGCGUUUGACUUAAAGACCAACACAACCCGUCUCGUUCUCUGGGAAACUCCGGACGUCAAGACCACGCUGGCUUUUCACGACCUCGUCAACCGAAACGUCAUCCCUUACGUCUGCUACUCCGUCAUCUUCAUCUGCCUGAUCGUCCUCUACUCCAAACUCGUUUCCGCUACCAAGUUCCGUCAACGUCUCAGAAACGACGCGGCGAAAACGUCAUCAAAGUUAAGCCCCAGGGACGUCCGUGUCGUCAAAGCUGUCUUCUUCGUCUCGCUGUUCUAUCUGGUGUGUUUCGUCCCCGUGGCUGUUCUCGCCUUCUUUCACUUCCUGUUCCCAGAAUUCAGCUACGGGAAGUUGUACAACAAUACAUACAACUUUGUCUUCGCGCUGUCUACGUUCAUCUCGCCGCUGAAUUCAACUUUCAACAUCGCUUUCUAUUUAAAAUAUAACACAAAGUUCCGAGAAACUGUUAUGAAAUGCAGGUUUUGUUACACGACUAAAAUUAAAAAAUAA